GGGGGUAAAUACGCGUGCACUGUUAUGUUACGUAAAUAGUGCACGUGAGAAUAUGAGUUUAAAUGUAUAAUUUGAUAGGGUUGAUAAGAGUUGCCCUAUAGUUGUAAGAUAUGCAGCAACAGUGAGUAAAAACUAUUUCAAUGGAAUAGCGCGUCUUAAUUAUCGCAUAAUUCCCUGCUGAUCCCGCGCGCGUGCUGAACCCGUCCUAAGGCUUAAUGCGAACAUUUACUGAUGGAAACUUGAAUGUUUGAAAGUAAACAGUGGAACUUUAUUUAACUGAAGACGCGGGACAAAACAUGGGUAGCCAGGGAUAAUACAGGUUCAGCCUAGGACAAUACAGGUGAGCCCAAAGACAAUACAUGUGCUGCCUGAGACAACAUAGAUUUAGGCUGGAAGGUACAUGAGAAAUAUAGGACAGUACGUUGAUAGACUAGGACAGGACAGUCUCAACCAAGAACAGCUUGGACAAUACUGGUUCAGCCAAUGAUAAUACUAGUUCAGCCAAGGACAAUACUGGUUAAGCCAAGGACAAUACUGGUUAAGCCAAGGACAAUACUGGUUCAGCCAAUGACAAUACUAGUUCAGUCGACGGUAAUACUUUUUCAAGAAAGGACCUUACAUGUUAAACCAAGGAUAACGGUUCAGUCAAGGACAACACUGGUUCAGCCGAGGGACAAUACUGGUUCAGCCAAGGACAACACUGGUUCAGCCGAGGGACAAUACCGGUUCAGCCAAGGACAACACUGGUUCUGUCCAGGACAAUACAGGUUCAGCUUAGGACAACAUUAGUUCUGCCGAGGACAAUACAGGUUCAGCCAAGGACAACACUGGUUCUGUCCAGGACAAUACAGGUUCAGCUUAGGACAACAUUAGUUCAACCAAGGACAAUAGUGGUUCAGCCGAGGACAAUACAAGUUCAGCCAAGGACAAUACUGGUUCAGCCGAGGACAAUCUGGUCAAGCAAAGACAAAACAGGUUCAGCCGAGGACAAUACAAGUUCAGCCAAGGACAAUACAAGUUCAGCCAAGGACAAUACUGGUUCAGCCAAGGACAAUACUGGUUCAGCCAAGGACAAUACUGGUUCAGCCAAGGACAACACUGGUUCAGCCAAGGACAACACUGGUUCAGCCGAGGACAAUACAGGUUCAGCUUAGGAUUAUACAGGUUCAGCCAAGGACGGAAAAGCUGACGGACGAAAUAACUUGCAUGGUUCAUUGUAAGACAUCUAGCGUAAAUGAAAUGGGUGAGGAGGGAAAGAAGCGGAAGAGGAGCAGAAAAAGGAGGAAUAGGAGGAGUUGGACGAAUGACUCAUUCAAGGCCAAUAGAGGAGUGGACCCCGAGACAGUUGGAGCUAUUCAGGCGUUUCUACACACACAAGGAACAGCCGUCAAGGCAGUUGAUAUUGCCAAGUCACUUGGACUGGCCACAUCAUCUGAAAUUAAUCCCAUAUUAUACUGGAUGUCUGACAAUGGACAGAUCGCUCAGGUAUCUGAACAGCCAGUCUUGUGGAUCGCCCAACAGCUUAACAGCGGCCCAGCUAAUGUUGGAGACAUUGGUUGUCAACCUACAUUCCUCCGAUCUGAAGAAGAAAUGUUCACAGAUAUUGGCGAUGUUCAUUUGAAACUUGAGGAACCAUCUUUGCAGGAUAAAAAUGAGAUGUCCGGACAAUUUCUUGGGGCUAGUCACCAGAAUCUACAACUGUCCCCUAACCAUUAUGAUAUACCCUCUGCUCUGGGUAAUGACAGAAGCCAAACAGGCAGUACUGCUUUCUGUGAUACCCUUAUGAAUGUGAAAGAGGAGCCCAAUGACGGUGAGAGUGAUAUGAUAAUAAAUAGUUCAAGUGAAGAAAAUCUUUUUUCUAAGAAUUUUGAUGAAACUGUACCAUCUGAUAUAUCAGAUGAUGUUUGUGGACAGACAAGUAGCCAGGAUACCACAGCGAUUAACAAGAAUACUUUUCAGGGUGGUGCAGAGGAGUUGAAACCUCAGCCCAAAGCAGUUUUCUCUGACGUAGACAAAUUAUUACAAUCACUGCUAGGAUGCCCAAUGAAUAUGGCAAAAUUAUUUGUGUUAGUACAUAGAAUGAAAAUAUCACAAGAAAAUGUCAUGGAAAUAAUCCAAGAGGCCAGAAAAUCUAAGUAUGUGAGUGACCAGGACGGUGUUUAUGUGUUAGAUAAAAAAGGUGAGGAGUACAUUCGUGGUAAAUUAAUUACCUGUGGAGACGAGGGGCAAGUUCAGAUCGGCUCAACUAGACCAAACCUACAGCCAUUGCAGGCCAGGGUGCAGUCUUCAGGUAAACCGCCCAAUCCGUACGAGAUCUUGGGUCGAACGACUCGCCCCUCCCUUGGUAUGCUUGCCAAUCGCAUGCCUCUCAGUGUUCACGCAGGUGUGGGAGUGACCCCUCGUAUGCCAAGGUUCCCAGUCAGGUGUACAUUUAGUAAUCCUGUGUCAGCCGGAUCAACUCAGCCGGCGCAAGGCAUACAAACAGACUCAUUGAUAUCACGACUGAUGAAAAUAUCGCAGUCUGAACCGUCACAACUGGGAUCAUCCUUAUCGUCAUUACCACAGUCGGCUCAUCAGUCAUCUUCAUCACCACAUUCAUCGUAUCGGGCAUCACCUUCAUCACAUUCAUCACAUUCAUCAUCUGAAGCCUCCUUCCAGCAAUUCGGUGGUCAGUCAGCAUCGGGACUUUUGAGGCAGCCUAACCCUACAAGUUUGCCCGAGAGCUUCAGACCUCCGCAACCUCCAAUAGAGAUUGUUCGUCAACAACUCAAGCAAACUGACAUUUCAUCAAUGAGUGAUGCAUCUUCUCCAAUAAAUACUGGUCUCGCUAGUGCGGGUAUGCAAAGACUUUUAAUUUCUGGUUCUCACAGUCCUAAAGCACCUCCACCAUUCCUAGGGAGGGGAGGUAACUCUAAUCAAGAGACAUUCUUCCCCCAACAACCACAUUCCUUACCAGUGAUGGAAAGAACUGUAAGCGCCGAUUUUCCCUCGCUGUCGGCGCCAAAGAGCCUCAAUCUUGACUUCUCCACAGAGAGUUUUGCAGCCCUGAACAAAAACCCAGUCAGUGCUCUGAUGGAGUACGCACAGUCGAGGCACAAAGUUGCCAGGAUAGAGGUUAUCCGUCAGUCCGGACCCUCUCAUCGUCCAAAGUUUCUGAUGGGCGUGUUCAUUGGUAACGAGCAGCUGUCAACAGUGACGUGUACCAACAAGAAAGACGGCCGGAAAGAGGCGGCAGAUAUGGCUCUCCGAGCUCUUAUAUCGGAAGGAAAGUACAACACGGACAAAAUUCCUACAAAGAAUGUCGUCCCUGCGUCACAGAUGACCCACUUUGACCGUGUGGCUGCUAUUACUCACCAGCAUUUCAAUUCCCUCGUGGCCACCAUUGCCGACAAUUUUGCGGGCCGCAAGGUCAUCGCAGGCCUGGUGAUGAAGACAUCGGAGGCUGACCUGGGCACCGUCAUAUCUAUAGGGACAGGUAACAGAUGUAUAACUGGCCAGCAGCUGAGUCUAGAGGGAAACACGGUCAACGACUCCCACGCAGAAAUCAUCACUCGUCGGGGCUUCAUUAGGUUCCUGUACAAAAAGUUGUUGACUUUUGAACCCAAUGGCCCCAAUGGUUUCUUUGUGAAGUCACCGUCGGGAAAGUUAAAGAUAAGGGAUGGAAUAACGUUCCACCUGUAUAUAUCUACGGCUCCAUGUGGGGAUGGCGCUCUCUUCUCUCCCAGAGAUUCUGCCUCUAACAAUACCCCGCUGGCGUCUUUGACAGACCGAACCCACCACCCAACUUUUACCAGCCAGGUACAGGGACUACUGCGCACAAAAAUGGAGGGAGGGGAGGGAACCAUUCCAGUGGAACCGGACUUCACCGUUCAGACAUUUGAUGGUAUCCAGAGAGGGGAGCGACUCCGAACCAUGUCAUGUACCGACAAAAUCUGUCGAUGGAAUGUAGUCGGUAUGCAGGGAGCUCUACUCAGCCACUUUUUAGAACCAGUCUAUCUAGAUUCCCUAACACUGGGAUUUCUGUUUGACCCUGGUCACCUGGCACGUGCCGUGUGUUGCCGUGUGAACCGAGGUGACACAGAUAUCAACACAAUGUUACCUGAGGGCUUCCAGCUGAACCAUCCCUGGUUAGGUCGGGUCACCGCCGUGGAGCCAUCACGUGAGACGCAGAAAACCAAGGCCCUCAGCAUCAACUGGUGCUACGGGGAUGACAAGCCAGAGGUCACAGAUGGAACACAGGGGUUGUGUUACACUAGUAUCGAGAAAGCAUUUUUCUCUCGCUGUACCAAGAAGAACUUGUAUGACAGUUUUAAACAAGUGUGUCAGAGGUUUGGACGACAGGAUCUUUUACAACACAAAACAUACAGUCAGUCCAAACUGGCUGCCACAGACUUCCAGGAAGCCAGGAAGGUCAUGCUGAAGAAAAUGACGGAGAGCAACUAUGGCACUUGGGUAUCGAAACCUAUAGAGGAAGAAAUGUUCAGCUGAUCACAGUUAAACAGAAUCCCAAUGGGAAAAUGAAACAGCUUUCCAGUGAAUAACCACAAUGGUUACCUGAGUUAUCAGGCUUUCCAGUGAGUAACCACAAUGGUUACCUGAGUUAUCAGGCUUUCCAGUGAGUAACCACAAUGGUUACCCGAGUUAUCAGGCUUUCCAGUGAGUAACCACAAUGGUUACCCUAGUUAUCAGGCUUUCCAGUGAGUAACCACAAUGGUUACCUGAGUUAUCAGGCUUUCCAGUGAGUAACCACAAUGGUUACCCGAGUUAUCAGGCCUUCCAGUGAGUAACCACAAUGGUUACCCGAGUUAUCAGGCCUUCCAGUGUGUAACCACAAUGGUUACCCGAGUUACCAGGCCUUCCCCUAAGUAACCACAAUGGUUACCCGAGUUACUAGGCCUUCCCCUGAGUAACCACAAUGGUUACCCGAGUUACCAGGCUUGCCAGUGAGUAACCACAAUGGUUACCCGAGUCACAUGGCCUUCCCUCGAGUAGGUUACUAGACAUCAGGCUCUCCAGUAACUAAUGGUUACGCAAGACAUCAAACUCCCCAGUGAGUUAUCAAGUUAUCCAAGACAUCGGACUAUCCACUUUCUAGUUAGUAACCAGUGGCUACCUGAUUCAACAGGUCCUUCAAAUGACUAAGUGAUUAGUGGUUACCAGAGACAUAAGACUGGUUACCGGGGGCAUCAGGCUCUUUCAGCGAGAAACCAUUGGUUAUCUAAGUGACAUGUGGAGUCUUGUUACAUUAACUUGCUGCAUCUUUCUACAAUGCAGAUGUUCAAUAAGUAACUUUCAUUGGAGGCUUGGCAAUUUAGUUUUAAGACAGGGUAUGAAUUUAUUAUCGUGUUCUAAAUGAAAAUUGGAUUACAUCAGUAGGCAUACAGUAAAUGGAUGCUUAUACAAAAAUAACUAUUAAUUGUAAUGUUUCAAACUGAUUUUAUGCAACAGAAGCUCUGGUGUUAUGUUACUGAUGUUUGGCUAUAUUCAUGAUGGUGAGACACAAAUAUUAACAGGGGAGGGAUACCGGUCCCUAUGUUUUAUCUAUCAAAUUACUUUUUUGACAAGCAUUGUUGCAAUUAACUGUCCUUUUAUUCUGAUAUCCUAUUCAAAGGACUCAUCAAGAUUUGCUUUGGCAAGCCUUUCAGGGUCUAGUCUGACUGGACGACAAAACAAAAGUGCAUAAAGAUUGCUAAGACUUUAAUACUGAGUAAUAAAAAUUGAAUUGAAAUCUGGUAGAAAUUUGAGUUUGCUUGUUCAUAGAAUGGACCUGAAUUUUUUUGUUAACACGUAUUUAGUAGAAACUUAUUAAAUCAUUUGGCUAGAAGUUUGAGGCUUUGAACAUACUGUAUUUAUCCUCCAAUAAGUCUAGGGGCCGACACAUAACAUAAUCUCUUACUCAAAGCAGGAAGUGAGCUUUAUUUCAGGAAAAUAAAACACUUUGCAGCAUUUGUUGCAAUAUAUUAGGGUGGGCUUAUUAACAGACAUGGGCCUAUUGCUGGAUAAAUACGGUAUUGGUUCUGAAUAUACCUUGUGCCCUUGUCAUAACACUUGUUUCUCUGUACAGUUUUCUGUAUUUCUUCCAUAGAGUUUAUAUAUAUAUAGAAAGGGACCAAUAAGGCUUGCUGCAUGUUCCAUAUAUUUUGCAACUCACACAUUGUCGUAUUAAUGUUAAACAUUGACUCAACUUUCGCUUUUUACCUCUGACAUGUACAAAAUGCAGUCACCAAUCAUACGAUAUAAUGUUUCUCGAAAAAAUAGGAAAAUAAUUUUUGAGAGAAAAAAAACUGUUUCUGGUUAUUAUUGACGACAUUAAAAUUUCCCCCUUUUUGUAAAAUGUUAGGGGAAAAAAUAUUGUGACGCACGUUUCAUGAACAAUUUGUUUGGGUUAUGGCUAAAAUUGCAGGAUGAGAGAUGGAGUGAGAAAUUCACUCGAUAAGGUGUGUUGAUAUUGUCUGAUAGCCUUGCUAUAAAUAUAUGUAUAAAUUUGUUUCUGAUCUGUUGGAGUGAUUAUUGAAUAUUUUGUGUUGCAUGCUUACAUUUUCAUAUUGCAAUAUAUCACAAUAUAUUGUAUUCCUAGACAUUUUGUUUAUGAUUGCUUGAUUGUAAAAUAUGUAAAGUUAGCAUCAAUUAGCAAUGUUCAAUGAUAGAUUGAAAGUAAUUUUACCAUCUAUAGUUUGGAGAGAGUCAUCAUAACAAGCAAGCUUCGAUGCGGGUGCCCUAUCAGUAUGGUAAUCAGGUUGUCCGUCAGUAAGUCUGUCUGUCCGUUUUUUUUCUUUUGCACAAUACUGAUGGAAGUAAAUUGAGUAUGGUUUUAAAAUUUUACAUGACAAUUUCCCAUGCAUCCUAGUUCUGCCUAAUAAUUUUUCGGGCAGAUUGGAUUCAAAAUGGCUGCUAAUCAGCCAUCUUGGAUUUUAACAUUAACAAAUUCAAUUUUUUUUGCUCUUAACCGGUUAACAUUUUGUUAUGACAUUAUGAAGCAAAGUUGGUCACAAUACAACAAGAAGUCAACUGAUUGAAAGUCCAGGUCGUCGGAUCAAAGGUCAAGGUCAGAUUUUGUAUCUUUUCCCUGAUGAACAUUUUGUUAAAAUGUAUGACAUU